AUGCGAUUUGUAAGUAUUUCUACGUUUGAUUACUCAACAACUAGUUAGCUGUUCUUGUUAGGUGUAUUUGUUUAUGUAUUUAUAUUCAGGUAUGGCAAAAAGUUUUCAAUAAUUUGGAAGGCAUCGACAACUUAGCUGCUAUGGCAGCAAUCUACAAAAACUUUUACAAAUGGAUCAACAGGGACUUUAAAGAAAUGUGUUACCAAGAGGGAAUCUACAGAUUCAAAGGAGAAUAUUGGGCUACGGCCUUUAGUUUGUACGUUCUAUUACUGUAUUUGAAUUUUAGGUAAAAAUUUGCGUAUAAGAAGUGGUUUACAAUACUAUGUAGAUGAAAUUGGAGCGUAAACUCCAAUGCGUUUAGGGUAGCCAUUUUCCUGCAAAUUCGUAUAUGUUACGAUAAGGGUAUAUUUGCAACAAUUGAUUUUUUUCAUUUGUGCAGUAGGGGUGAGAAACGAGCGGGUCUUGAGCUUUAUAACGACGGAAAAACCAAAAUUGGCGUGCGAGGGCCGCAGGGCCGGGCCAAUUAGUUUGAAUAUUAUAAAAUGUAUUAAAAUUGGCACAUUAAAAAUAAAAUAGUUUUAUUUUUUUCUAGUACAAUUAAUUCUUUUUCGUUUUAGGACGAGUUACCGCGCAUUUGAUUUGAUUGGCUAUAGCGUUAUCAACUGUCCCAAUAGUGGAAAGAUUGUGUUUUUUCUUACACCCACACCAUGCCAUUAUUUCUCAUAUUGA